UGAAAAGGUUUUGUGCUUAUUUGAGCUCUCUCCAGAGAGUAAGCCGAAUUGGAGUCAGAUGGAUUACCAAUUUUAGAUCUUCCCUAAUUCCAUUCCUUCGACUUGCUUAACUCAAAAAGUGCGGGGGACCCAAAUGAAGUUACCCGCCAAUCCUUCUUCUUCAACUUCCGAUGAUUCAUAAUUCAGUUGGUAAGACUACCCGCACAAACGCCAUUCUCGGAUUUCUUACUGAAAAAUGCAAAUCUGUCCACCAGCUCAAACAAGUCCAUGCCCACUUCCUCAAACUCUACCUCCCCGAGAACCCAUCAAGCAUUGCCCCGCUUCUCUCCUUCGCCGCCACCUCCAAGAAUCCCGCUUUCUUUUCCUACGCUCGCACUAUUUUCCAAAAUCUUCAGUACAAGACCACCUUCUUGUACAAUACCAUGAUCAGAGGAUAUGUUCACUCACAUCUGGCGAAACCCGCCAUCUCGUGCUAUAAAAGCAUGCUAAAAGACGGGCUUAUUCCGAACAAUUACACGUUCACGCCUUUAUUUAAGGCGUGUUCCUUGGUUUCGCAGGAGUUUAAUCUUGCGGGUUUAUUGGUACAUUGCCAUGUGUUGAAAUUAUGUCUUGUUUAUGACCCAUUUAUAAGUAGCUCGUUGAUUGAAUUUUAUUCGUCGAGUCUUGAGAUGGAUAAAGCGCGGAUGCUGUUCGAUGAAAUUCCCCGGAGGGAUGUGGUUCUGUGGACUACGAUGAUUGAUGGGUAUGGAAAAGUGGGUCAGGUGGAAGAAGCAAGGGCUCUGUUUGAAGAAAUGCCCGAGAGAAAUGUGAUUUCCUGGAGCGCACUAAUGGCAGGGUAUUCAGGGUCCGGUGAUUUUAAGGAAGUGCUUGAUUUAUACAGGCGUAUGGAGGAAGCUGCUGUGAAGCCUAAUGAGUCGGUGCUCGUGACUGUCCUUACUGCUUGUGCUCAACUUGGUGCUUUAUCACAAGGCUUGUGGGUACACUCAUAUGCCAGAAGCUGUGGAUACGAGGAUAACCAAAUAUUAGCUACUGCUUUGGUUGAUAUGUACUCAAAAUGCGGUUUGGUGGAACUGGCUUCUUCUGUAUUUUACGGAAUUGUCAACAAAGACAGUGGAGCAUGGAAUGCUAUAAUUUCUGGUUUUGCAAUGAAUGGUUACGCUACCAGAUCACUUGAAUUAUUUGAUCACAUGGUGCUCGGUGGGACUCAACCUUCUGAGGCCACGUUUGUUGCUGUCAUCAGUGCUUGUACACAUGCAAGUAUGGUUGACAAAGGCCUCUGGUUAUUUGGACAAAUGAGUAGUGUUUAUAAGGUUGAACCAAGGCUUGAGCAUUAUGCAUGUGUGGUUGACCUUUUGGCUAGAGCCGGUAGGUUGGAAGAGGCUGAGGAAUUCAUUGAAGACAAAAUUGGAGGAAUUAGCCAAGGUGAUGCUAAUAUCUGGGGUGCUUUACUUGGUGCUUGUAGAAUUUAUGGCAAUACAGCAAUGGGGGAUAGAAUAUGGAGAAAACUAGCUAACAUGGGAGUAACAGAUCAUGGGACUCAUGUCCUUUCAUAUAACAUUUACAGGCAAGCCGGCAGUGACAUGGAAGCAAGAAGAGUUUGGAGACUGAUGGAGGACACAGGAAUGAAGAAGAAGCCAGGUUGUAGUGCUAUAGAGGUCAAUGGUUUGAUAGAAGAGUUCCGUGCUGGCGCCUUCGUGCAUCCCAAAGCACCACAAGUGUGCCAGACGCUUGAUUCUUUGUUCAAUGUAAUGCAUCUUGCUAACUGAAUUAUAUACAGGUUUGACAUUUUAAGACCAUGUACAGUAAGAAUGAAGCAAUAUUGGAGGAAAAU